AUGAUAAUUCGAGCAUUACGGCUGCGGCAGGGUAAGAUGACACAUUCUCAUAAUCUAAUACGGGUGCCACAUUGAUAUUGACCACGAAAUACAGGCCGCCUCGCCCUCCCACGAAAUGCCCCUUCGCUCUACCACCAGCGAAGACACCAAUCCUCCCUCUCUGAAAGAGGGUCGGGAGACGAGCGCAUCGACAAUCCCGUCUUCCUCGACACGUCCACCUCCUCCGCGCAGCAACAACUCGAUGCGAUCCCCAGUCUCCGACACGUGCGCCUCAACGACCCCGACCACCCGGUCGCGCAGCAGUACGCCUUUCGCAUGCACCAGAAGGAGCGCACCGCACACCUCGGCAGUGUUCUCAACGCACAUUACAAGCCUCACCAGCUCGUGAUCGACCCGCCUUCGCCCAAAGACAUUACCCUGGAGCUCUUGCUGGCAUCACAGGCGCACAUUGGUCACGCGACGAGUCUGUGGCACCCGGCCAACGCGCGAUACAUCUACGGUAUCAGGGGCAAGAGGGAGCAUGGAGAGGGGCCGAUUCACAUCAUCAGUCUGGAUGCCACAGCGUCGCAUCUGCGGAGGGCGUGUAAGGUCGUAAGCGGCGUGGCGGAGAGGGCUGGGCUGGUCCUGUUCGUGGGGACACGCGAGGGACAGGCAAGAGCCGUGGUGAGAGCUGCGGGUCUGGCCAAAGGCUGUCAUCUCUUCACCAAAUGGAUUCCCGGCAGCAUCACCAACGGCCAACAAAUCCUGGGCGGAGCAGCGACCAAAGUGGUGGACGAGUUCGAUAACGAGGUUCCCGGCUUCGAGGAUCAGCUAGGCGUCAAAGCAGCGUUAAAGCCUGAUCUUGUGGUCUGUCUGAACCCGCUGGAGAACUAUGUCUUGCUGCAUGAAUGCGGCUUGAACAACAUCCCCACUAUCGGCAUAAUAGACACGGAUGCCAAUCCCACUUGGGUGACCUAUCCCAUCCCGGCUAACGACGACAGCUUGCGCUGCGUACAAGUCAUUGCCGGGGCAUUGGGUCGAGCAGGAGAAGAAGGACAGAAGCGGAGGCUGGCUCUGGCGCAACAGGGCAAGAUCACAUUCCAAGCAACUCAUGGCUUGCAGCCGCCAGCCAAGCAGAGGUCAUCGAGACAGCCGAGAAGACAAGAGCAGCAACGGUCUCGACAGCAGCAGGCAGCUCCGCUCGAGGACGUGUCCGAUCUCUCCACGGAGCAGCUCAGUGAAAAGGAUGUCAGGACGCUGGACAAGCAACUAGAGAAUACCUACCGCACGCCGGAGAAAUCCUCGUCCAACAAGCCAGCGGCAGUCAACCCGGCAGUAGUAGCAUCAGCCGUGCCAGAAGACCCACCAAGCUCCGCAUCAGCUGCGCCUUCCAGGAGUCAGUCCAGUACAUCCAGCAACGCCUUGAAACAAGAUCAAUACCACAAAGCCACCUCCCAAGCAGACCUCGCCGAAACCACCGGAUCCCAACCUCGCCUCUCCACCAACCCAAUCGACCCAGACCAAACCCUCGACGCAGAGCAAGAACCCGACGAAGAUGAUGAGACGGACGUUGACAACGACAACGACAACGACAACGACAACGACAUCCCAACCUCCGCCCCCGAAACCCUCGACCCCUCCCUCACCGACGAGAAUUUCCCCGCAUCCGUCGAAAACUACGACGGUUACGAGGAAGAUCUCUCGCAGUUUGGUGGCGCCGAUCAAUUAUCUCCCUCCUCCACUCCCGCUUCCACCGAAACUUCUGCAACCGAAAAGAAAGAGGAGGAUCUGCGGGAGAAGCUCACUGCGGAGAAGCCUUCCUCGACGACCAAUCGCGUGGUGGGAGAGAGUACAGGAAGAGCUCGAUGA